CAAAAAGCAACCCAUAAAAAACACGCGUAAAAAGAACAAUCAAGAAAAAUUUCGAAGAUUAAGUGUUUAGAAAGGAAAUAGUGCAGAACCUAUGUUUACAAAAGUAUUACAGUUAUUAAAUAAGUGUAUAAUCCAGAAUUAAUAAUGAAGUGAAAUAGAAACUUCGCCGCAAACUACUUUAAAGAGUUUUAUAAUGCAGCUUUGCCGAAACUAAAAACAUAAUAAAUAAAUAAGGAUUUUGGAGCAACGGUAUGUUAUUUGGCUUGAACGAGCUAACUACAACACGGCGACUUUUAUUUAUUGUGGCUGUACUGCUGAUUGUACUAUAUGCAAAGAACAAUAUACUGCCCAUAUUGGGAGUCGCACUGGACAGAGAUUAGCUUGCAGAUGAUAUAAGGAUGAGUGAUAGACGAGUUUCAUACUUUUACAAUGCCGAUGUGGGCAAUUUCCACUAUGGAGCGGGGCAUCCAAUGAAGCCGCAACGAUUAGCCGUUACUCACAGCCUGGUCAUGAACUAUGGCUUGCACAAAAAGAUGAAAAUCUACAGACCAUACAAAGCUAGUGCACAAGAUAUGCUGCGGUUUCAUAGUGACGAAUACAUCGCUUACCUUCAGCAGGUGACUCCACAGAAUAUUCAAUGCAAUUCCGUCGCCUAUACUAAGUAUUUGGCUCACUUUAGCGUGGGUGAAGACUGUCCCGUCUUCGAUGGCCUCUUUGACUUUUGCGCCAUGUACACAGGCGCCUCUCUCGAGGGCGCGCAGAAACUGAACCACAACCACAGCGACAUAUGUAUCAAUUGGUCUGGUGGUCUGCAUCAUGCCAAGAAAUUUGAGGCCUCUGGCUUCUGCUACGUCAACGAUAUUGUAAUUGGCAUACUAGAGCUGCUGAAAUAUAAUCCUCGAGUUCUCUACAUCGACAUUGAUGUGCAUCAUGGCGAUGGAGUACAGGAAGCAUUCUAUUUAACGGAUCGCGUGAUGACAGCAUCCUUCCACAAAUAUGGCAAUUACUUCUUUCCGGGCACUGGGGAUAUGUAUGAGAUUGGCGCCGAGUCUGGUCGUUAUUACAGCGUUAAUGUUCCUCUCAAAGAGGGAAUCGAUGAUCACAGCUAUUUUCAAGUGUUCAAACCGAUAAUUUCAGCGAUUAUGGAAUUCUAUCGGCCUACAGCAAUUGUGCUGCAAUGCGGUGCAGAUUCAUUGGCUGGAGAUCGUCUCGGAUGUUUCUCGCUUAGUACUCGUGGCCAUGGAGAGUGCGUGAAGUUCGUCAGAACGCUGAAUGUGCCCACAUUAGUUGUGGGCGGCGGCGGUUACACUUUACGAAACGUUGCUCGCUGCUGGACCCACGAAACAUCGCUUCUUGUCGAUCAGGAGAUAUCUAAUGAUUUGCCUCCAACGGAGUACUAUGAUUUCUUUGCGCCAGAUUUCACAUUACAUCCGGAUGUAAAUUCGCGGCAGGACAACGCAAAUUCUAAACAAUAUAUGGAGCUGAUCGUAAAGCAUGUAUAUGAAAACCUUAAAAUGUGUCAGAACUCGCCAAGCGUGCAAAUGGUGCAAACACCGCGAGACGUUGAUUUCGAAGAGCUGCGUAUAAAAGAAGAAACAGACCCUGAUGUACGCAUGUCACAGGCGGAUGAGGAUAAAAUGGUUGAGCCAAAGAAUGAGUUUUACGAUGGCGAACAUGAUCAGGACAAACCCGACUCAAUGGAAAGUUAAUAAAAUAUUCUAAUAUUAUAUA